AUGCGCGCGGGAUGUCAUGUCAAAUUACCGCGUAAAAUUGUGACAAAGAGAGCGGUGGUUAAUGUGCAAUCAGCGGACAAUGCGUGUUUCGCAUGGUCAGUGGUGGCCGCUCUGUACCCCGCUGAAAGACAUGUGGAACGAGAAUUCUAUCCGCAUUACACCACAGUGCUGAAUCUCCAAAACAUUGAGUUUCCAGUGACUGUGAACCACAUUAAAAAAUUUGAACUGGCAAACGACAUCUCCGUAAACGUGUACAGCAUCGAGAACGAAAACAUCGUCCCGCUACGCCUUUCAAAGCAGAAAAGAGACAAGCAUGUCAAUUUGCUGUACGUGAAGGACGAAAACAGCGUCGGGUAUUUCGCGUUGAUAAAGAAUCUGUCUCGCCUCGUGAGCUCGCAACUGAACAAACAGAAAUGUAGAAGAUAUAUAUGCGAUCGAUGCCUACAUUAUUUCUUUUCGAAGGAUAAAUUGCAAGCGCAUACGGUAGACUGCGGAAAACUAAAUGACUGCGCUAUCCGGUUGCCGAGCGACAAGGACAAGUGGCUCAGCUUCGACAACUACACGAGGAAGGAGCGGCUGCCGUUUGUGGUGUACGCCGACUUGGAGUGUGUUUUGACAAAGAUCGAAGAUUCUUUUAAAUUUGCCCUUUGCCGGCUUAAGCACUUAAUUCUUUGCGAAUUUCUCAAAACGUCCGCUCCUAUUGUUAAAGAAAUAUGUGGGGCCGCUGACAGUCGAGGGAUCGAACCAUUGGCUCGGCAAUUAGCUACUCAAAUCAUGGAUUACACACUUGAUGACAGUCAGACGAGUGACGACGAGUGCAAAAUUGUGGCGGAAAUGACGAAAAAACCCAAGAUCGAAGUAAUUACUAUUGAAGAUAACAAUGUCAGCUGGCAGUACAGAUACCGAUGUCCAAAUUAUUUAUGA